CCGAUCUCUCACGAGAUCAUUCUUGAGGCCGGUGCCGUGCCUCCGAAAGGUUGCAUCUAUCGCAUGAGCGAGGAGGAACUUGAGGCCCUCCGCGCACAACUCGACGAUUUGUUGGCUAAGGGCUGGAUCCGCCCUAGCGGCUCCCCAUACGGAGCACCGGUUCUCUUCGUUCGGAAGAAGAACAAGGAUCUACGAUUGUGUAUCGACUACCGCAAGCUCAACGCGCAAACCGUCAAGAACGCGGGGCCUCUUCCUCGCAUCGGCGAUCUUCUUGAUCGACUCGGCGGCGCAAAGUAUUUUUCUGAGUUGGAUUUGAAAUCGGGAUAUCAUCAAAUCUCGAUCCGGCCGAACGAUCGCUACAAGUCCGCGUUCAAGACGCGGUACGGGCAUUUUGAAUGGGUGGUCAUGCCUUUUGGCCUCACCAACGCCCCGACGACCUUUCAAGCAGCAAUGACCAAUGAGUUUCGUGCAAUGUUGGACCGGUUCGUGCUGGUCUACUUCGUCUAUAGCCGGUCAUUGGAGGAUCAUCUUGGGCAUCUUCGACGAGUGUUGGAGACGCUCCGCCGCGCCAAGUACAAGGCCAACCGCGACAAGUGCGAAUUUGUCCGGCAAGAGCUGGAAUACUUGGGCCAUUUCGUCACACCAUCCAAGAGUGGUCGAAGCCUCGGAACGUCACGGAUGUCCGCUAUCGGACAAGAUUCAAGCCAUCCAAGAGUGGUCGGAGCCUGGGAACGUCACGGAUGCUACUCGAAGAUCGCGGCCCACUUGACCAAGCUUCAAUGCGACGAUCGGCCGUUUGACUUUGGAGAGGAGGCGCGGGAAUCAUUCUUUGCUCUCAAAGCCGCGCUAUUAUCUGCGGAGGUCUUGCGGAUAUACGACCCGCUUUUGCCUACGCGCGUCACUACGGAUGCGUCAGGCUAUGGCAUUGGUGCAGUCCUCGAGCAACAUGAUGGUGUGGACUGGCACCCGGUCGAGUAUUUCAGCAAGAAAGUGCCCGUCGUGCAUUCCAUUGACGAUGCACGCAAGGAGCUCCUCACCUUCGUCCACGCGCUCAAGCGAUGGCGGCACUUCCUCCUUGGUCGAAGCCAAUUUCGAUGGGUAACGGACAACAAUCCGUUGGUCUUYUACAAGACCCAAGACACCGUCAACAGCACCAUCGCUCGAUGGAUGGCUUUCAUCGACCAGUUCGACUUCUUUCCCGAUCACAUUCCCGGGAAGUCGUACCGUUUUGCGGAUGCUCUUUCACGGCGUCCGGAUCAUUGUACCGCGGUCUACUCAACCUUCGAGAUCGACGAUGACCUGCGGAACAGCUUCAUCCGUGGCUACCAAGCCGACCCUGAGUUUCGCGACAAGUACACGAAUUGCUCCUCUCCUAAUCCGACGCCUUCUCACUACCGGAUCCAAGAGGGGUACUUGCUUGUCCACACGAGGGGGAAGGACCUUCUUUGCGUACCGAGUGAUUCUCACUUACGUACACGGCUUCUUGGCGAGUUCCACGAUGCUCCCGCCACCGGACACUUUGGAGUCAAUCGCACGAUUGGCCGACUUCGCCAGCGAUUUUGGUGGCCCGUCCUUCUCGGCGACGUCACGCGCUAUUGCGAGUCAUGCGAGGUUUGCCAACGCUGCAAAUCCUGCAACCAUCGUCCGUACGGCGAGUCACGACCAUUACCGGUCCCGUUGAGGCGAAGGGAAGCGAUUGCCAUGGACAUUACCGGCCCGUUCCCCAAGCACAAGACCGGAGUGGAUGGGAUUCUCACGGUGGUCGACAGACUCACCAAGUUCGCCAUGUUUUUGCCUUGUCGCUAUCAUGCCAAGGCACCGGAGUUGGACGAGAAGGACUGGGUUGAGCGGCUGCCGGAUGUCGAGUUGGCCUACAACUCCUCUAUCCACCCGGCUAUCAAUAUGUCGCCGUUUGAGUUUGAGCACGGCUCGCCGGUCACUUCACCGUUGGACACUAUUACUCCACGAACAGCCGAGAGCGACGACGAUCUUCUUUUCUUGCGACGGAUGCAAGAGCUUCUUGUCAAGGCACGCGACCGGAUGGCCAAGACGCAGCAGCGCAUGAGCCAGCAGGCCAAUCGCCAGCGUCUUCCUUGCCCAUUCCGUGUCGGCGACCUUGUUCGGGUUUCCUCAGCGGAGUUCAGCCUUGAACAAGACAUCUCUCGCAAGUUCCUUCCGAAAUGGAUGGGGCCUUGGCCGAUCACAACACCCGCUGGAGAUGGACCUGAAGGACCUUCCUUCAUCAUUCAGGUGCUCGCCCAUUUGCCCGUCAACCCGGUCUUCCAUUCCUCCAAGCUGGAUCUCUACACGCCAGCAGACCAUGACGAUUUUCUCUGGCGACGAUCGCAAGACCCACCCUCUAUGGAUGGUUUCCAAGAGGUCAGCGACAUUCUCUCUCAGCGCCGUUACGGCAACCGUCCGACCGAAUAUCUGGUCCAUUUUGCACACUGCAGCCACAGAGCUGACCGUUGGUUGACCCGUGCAGAUCUCCAAGCAACAGCUCCGGACAUUCUGGCACGAUAUGAACGUAAGAUGCAGGGCAAGCCGGUCUCUUCGGCUCCACGCCGCGCCCGCGUCCUGGUUCCACCUUCAGAUCGUCAGCUUCGCCCUCGCCCCAGCAUGAUUUCAUAAGGAGGCGGGGGUGUUACAUGUUGCGCCUGCAACAGGCUGCACGGGCCAUUUUCAGGCCCUGAAAGCUUGAAAACGAAGGCUUACAUGCCCCGUGUCAGUUUGAACCUGAAAGCCUGAAAACCAGGGCCUACAGGCCCCGUGUCUGUUUUCAGCCUGAAAGCCUGAAAACCAGGGCCUACAGGCCCCGUGUCUGUUUUCAGCCUGACAACCUGAAAACCAGGGCCUACAGACCCCGUGUCGUUUCAACCUGACAGCCUGAAAACAAGGGCCUAUAGGCCCUCAUGCUUUAGCCAGAAGCUA